AUGUCAGUAUCUGCAGUUUCCUCACCUUCCUCAGAGCAACCUCCCAAUGUCGUUCCUCAGUUUCUUGGUGCUAUCACACAGACUGUAUUGAAUAGUUAUGUCGGCUUCGAUACCAUUACACAACAAAUCGAGAAGAAGUUGUUGAAAAAGGGAUUUCAAUUCAAUGUGAUGGUAGUUGGCCAAUCUGGUCUCGGUAAAUCUACACUUGUAAACACCAUUUUUGCAUCGCAUUUGAUUGAGAGCAAAGGAAGACUCGAAGCAUCCGAAUCUACUCGUCAAACUACCGAGAUCGAGGCAGUUUCUCAUACCAUUGAGGAAAAUGGAGUUCGCUUAAGACUCAAUAUUGUGGACACACCUGGUUAUGGCGAUCAAGUUAACAAUGACAACUGUUGGGAACCCAUUAUCAAGUACAUCAAAGAUCAACAUUCUGCUUACCUUCGCAAGGAACUGACAGCUAGACGUGAGCGUUACAUUGUUGAUACUCGCGUUCACUGUUGUCUCUUCUUCAUCACUCCUUCUGGUCACUCUCUUAAACCAAUUGACGUGGUUGUGCUCAAGAAGCUUUCUGAAGUUGUAAAUGUCGUUCCUGUCAUUGCAAAGUCUGAUUCACUUACUACCGAAGAACGUGAUGCUUUCAAACAAAGAAUCAAGGCAGAACUGUCAUUCCACAACAUUAGAUUAUAUCCUUACGAAAGUGAAGAAGAUGAGGAGCAGGAAAAGUCCUUGAACGAAAGCAUUUGGGAGUUGAUUCCAUUCGCUGUUGUGGGAUCUGAGCGUAAUGUAGUCAUCGAUGGCAAGGCUGUUCGUGGAAGAAAGACUCGUUGGGGAGCCAUCAAUGUUGAGAAUCCUGAGCAUUGUGAAUUCAUUCAUCUUCGCAACUUUUUAACUCGCACUCAUUUGCAGGAUUUGAUUGAAACCACCGCCAUGAUCCACUAUGAAACUUUCCGUGCAAAGCAAUUGAUGGCCAUCAAAGAAUCUACCCAAAUACAAAAGCCUGAGCCUACUUCAUCAGAGUAA